AUGUCUCGUAAUGAACGGCCGCAUAUACUCUGCAAAUCAAAACAGCCGAGUAACUCUGGUUUCUUCUCGGGAUCUUGGGUUGGUGGCAAUGCGACCGCAUCCCGCAGGCGAGAGUAUAUGCUUGAGUUUUUGAGAUGGAUGCGCGAAGAAAGGGACUCAAACGAACUGAAAAAUCUUGAAAAGGAAUGCAGGGAUGAAGUCAAAGCAUGGUUUGUGAAUGACUUCAGCUUGCAACCCCUCAAAGGCAUUCGGCCUAUCCCUAUCUUCCCGUGGCAAUACAUUGGCGGAGCACCGCGUGGUCGGUAUUUAGACACAUGGGAGAAUAAUACUAGAGAGCUUCAGACACGCAUCCUGCGGCGACUUGGUCCCGGUCCACCUGAUUCAUGGAGAAAAAACAGGCGACUUCGACCACGUUUCUACAUCCAAGACAUUCUCGGAAACUCGCAGUCGGUUGUGAAGCCUGAGUUGGAGGAUGGAAGCUGCAUUGAUGAUCUUCCAGAAGCCGCUAGCGUGCCUAAAGAGCAACUGGCGACUGCAAACAUGGAGACGCCGUCACACCAAAACGAUGACAACCACCCAAGAGAAGCGUCACUGCGAGCUCUUGAUGAACGUGAUACCGACAGUUGGAAAAUGCCAGAAAAUGCAGAGAGCCGCCAAUCUAAUGGUGGCCACGAUCCUCAAACUGCCAACCAAGACCCAAGCUUUUCCGAACACCUAGAUGAUCAUGAUGAUCAAGGGCACCAGACUAAUCGUGUUACACCACGCCGACAUGGAGCUCCUCGCUUAACGUCAUCUCCAGAACCCUUCAGCGCCAUCUCUCUUUCUCUCGAAUGUUUUGCUAAAAUGAGCGCUCGCUUGCAUUGUGUGGAAGACGAGAAUUUUGAUGUUGACACCGUGGCAUGGCUCGUCAUAGGCCUCGGAGCCGAUGAGUCUCGGAAUCGGUUGUUCUACUUUUACGACCAUGCGACAUUUGAUGUAUGGUAUUGCUUGGGUGAUGUGGUAUCGCAUCCAGUACGCCAUUUGACUGAACUUGGAUCAUCACAGGAGGCAUGUAUUUCGCAUGGACUAUCGUGCAAACGAGUGAUGGUAGUCAAGGAUGAACUUGACCUUCGACGUCUCCGUUUCGAGGCAGUUCAUUGCGAUGAGUGA